GCUGCCCCAAGAAAUGCCUGAUUCUUUACGGAAUCCUAUUGUUUUUCAUAUGGUCUCUCAUCUUAUCUUUUCAUACUCACUCUCUCUCUGUGGCUGAAAAAAAUAAAUUUACCAGUUGAAUUCCGUAAAAAUCGUAGGACACCUAAGUACCUUGGUCCGGCGCAGAAAGAGGCAGCCUGACCUUGGAAGUGGGACGGGGUCCUGCAGCGGGUCCUUCCAGGGGGUGACAUUCGGCCGGCCUUUCGGGACAACGGACAUUCCAUCCUGGAACCAUGGCCCAAUUUGUCCGUAACCUUGCGGAGAAAGCCCCGGGGCUGGUGAACGCUGCUGUGACUUAUUCGAAGCCUCGAUUGGCCACAUUUUGGUCCUAUGCCAAGGUUGAACUGGUUCCUCCAACCCCUGCUGAGAUCCCUAGAGCUAUUCAGAGCCUGAAAAAAAUAAUCAAUAGUGCUCAAACUGGUAGCUUCAAACAGCUCACAGUUAAGGAAGCUGUGCUGAAUGGUUUGGUGGCCACUGAGGUGUGGAUGUGGUUUUAUGUCGGAGAGAUCAUAGGCAAGCGUGGCAUCAUUGGCUAUAAUGUUUGAAGACCAGUCUUUAACAUCUGAUGAUAUUUGACUUGUUAUCUGAGUGUUUUUGGACCAUAUGUGAUCAGACUGCUAUCUGAAUAAAAUAAGAUUUGUCAAAAAUC